AUGUCGUCGCGUAGCGCUGCGGACGCGCUGCGGGCGCUGAGCCUCGGGCCAGCCAGCUCUCAGGCGACGGCCGAUGCCAAAAUCACGGUCGGCGCGCGCAUCGCGAUGACGCGCCUGGUGCCGGACGAGAGCGAUCUGCGAAACGCCCGCGCAAACAGGGCCUCAGCCGCACGCUCGCAAGUCGCAGCCAUCGCUCGCAGAGCCGCACUCGCUCGCGCGGUAGAGUUCGGAGCUGCGGACACUUGUGUCGGCGUCGUCGAGGGCAUCGACGGCGAACGCGUCGUUGUCAGGCUGGACUGCGGUCUGCGCGUGAUCAUCGGCGCGGAAUCUGUGUCGUCCCGAAGUGUGGAUUCGGACGACGCCCCGCCCGUCGGCGCCUUCGUCGAGCUGCAGGGCCUCGCAAGCGCGGCGUUCAACGGCCGCCGCGGCGUCGUCACGGCGACUCCGCCGGACGUUGCGGCUGUGGGCCGUGUGGCCGUCGUCAUCGACGGCCGAAGCAUUGCCAUCAAGCGCGCAAACGUCAUCUUCGCAUCCGACGCUGUCGUGGAUGCGAGCUCUGACGUGUGGUUUCGCGAGGAAGCCUGGGUCAACAUCCUCCCGUUUCUAGAUGCGCGAGCGCUCGCGCGGUUCGUGUUGGCGUCCCGGCGGGCCGACGUGCGACGCUGGGCCGAGGCACAUGUCGAGCGGACUGUCGCUGCUGUCGCGGUGCGCGCGCCGACGCUCCUGGCGACGCGACACGAAGCCGUGCCUCUCAUCCAGUGGUUGGCGACCACAGUCGAGCCGCAGCUCGCGGGCGACUUCGCGCCGCGGCCGCUUCCCUUGGACCGCAGGGGCGACUGCAUGGUAUCGCUCUUCUGCCUCUUCGCGGCGUGUCCUCUGGAGUCCUUCUUGCGUGCCGAGGGGUGCCUGGGCCGCGACGUCGGAGUGUACGCGGCGCUGGAGGCGUACGUGAAUCGCACGGGCGGCCCGGACGGCCCAGAUGGUGCUCGGGUGCUACUGACGACGUUGCGGCAGGUGCUCAUGGAGUCGCAUUCAAAUUUCCCUGCCGAGGGCCAGCCCGGCGAUGCGAUGGAUGUUUUUGCUGAUAUACUUUCGCAUUUCGAUGAUAUCCUUGCAAGAAUACCGUGCGACCGCCCGGUGACGCUCGCAUCGUCGCAUUAUGACGCGGACGACGCUGGCGCCGUACUAAGAGCUGCACAAAGUCAGGUUGGGCCAAUGCCUCCUGGUGUCCUAUACGCCGAGCUUGCUAGCUACGAGCGAAGGGUUACAAAGGACGAGACGGGAGACUUCGACGUAGUUGAGCUGAACUGCUUUUUGCGGCUCCAGCCUCGCGGUGGCGCCUCCCUCUAUGACAUGAUCGACGCUGCAAUCGCACCAGAGCAAUUUGGCGGCGCCUCCAACGGGACUCUCCAGAGAACCAUCUGGUGCACGGGCCGCGUACUUGUAUUUAACCUCAUCCUCUAUCAAUGGGACGGAGCAACCCAGCGCACGCGUUUCAAUGCCGCAUUGUUGGACGAUCCCAUCUCGUUUCCGGUCGAGGGCCUCGACAUGACGCGGUAUGUCCACCGACCGGCCGCGUCCGAAGUCUUCGACCUGGUCGGCGCUGUCCUUUUCUUAAGUUACGGGAAUGGAGGUCACUACGUAGCGGUGACCUACCACGAGCUCUCCCGGUGCUGGUUCCUCUUCGACGACGACACGGUCGAGCGCCUGGACUCGCUGGAGGCCUACGUCGCCGAGGAGGGGGCGGUGCCGACGAUUCUCUUCUAUCGGCGCCGCCCUGCCGCAGCCCGUCCUUUGAAGUAG